CUGAGCACCAUCACGGGGCAUAGAGCUGCCUGGGGGGUGCCAGCAUCCCCACCACAGACACACUCCAGGGAUGUAGGUGCUGGGCGCAGGAGGAGUUCUGGCAGCAAUGGGCCGGCUGGAUGACCAUGCCAAGAGGAGGAUCGUGGAGCUGCGCAGGGCUGGGCUGAGCUUCCGCAAGAUCAAGAAGGUGCUGGAGCUGGAUGACAUCCGGGUGACGCCACAGGCCGUGUACCUCUUCCUCAAGAGGAAAAGUGUGGAACCGGGGUCAGCAGCAGCUGGCUGGGAUGGGGACCAGCCCUGGCCCCCACUGCAGGGGCAUGAGGCUGAGCCCCCCAGGCUGGGCACCCGGCACCCUGCACUGCCCGCUGGGGAUCCUAUGGGCAGCCGGGCACCCUGCUGUGAUGGCAGCCAGGACACCAAGGAAGGCAUCCAGAUUGUCAGUGUGGCCUCACUCUGCAAGGACGGUGGGCAGCUUGGGGACACUUUGGCUAUGGAGCUGGCGAAUGGUGAUGAUAGCUCCACAGGCACAGCCCUGGCUUCAGGGACUGCUCUGGGGGCUCUUGCCCCCCUGCCCCAGUCACUGUCCAGCCGAGGGCAGCUGGUAACACCCUCCACUCAGAACUCAGCCCUGAUGGUGAAAAAGAAGACAGUGGACAGGGCUAUCCUCCUGCAGAAAAAGGUCAAAGAUGUCAGUACUCAGACUGCCUUGCCAAACUCUGUGGGUCCAGGAAAUCACAGCCUUGCUUGGGGUGGACCAGUGCCCCCCACUGCUCCCAGCUGCCCUGCCAUUGCUGAGAAGCUGGAUGCUGUACAGAUGGAGGUGCAGAAGCUGAGCCAGGCCCUGCAUGCGGUGCUGGAGCGGCAGUGCUGCCUGGAACGCCAGCAGGAGCACCAGCAGCGGCUGCAACAAGAGGUGCUGAUGACACUGCAGCAGCUCAGCUCCACCGUGAGCCACGGCGCUGUGCCAGCCACCCAGCCCUGUGGCCCCUUCAGCAGCAUGGCUGAGCCCUCGCCCACCAUGGCAAACUUCAGCCAGUUCAAGAUGGAGCUGAUCUGAGCUCCUGCAAGGCCUGUGUGUGCCAGCAGUGCUGUGCUAAGGAAGCCGAGAGGAACAACCAUCUCUCAGAGGCUGCUCAAGGAUUACAUGCAGCACCCAGCAGAUAAGGUCCCUGGUGCCUCAUGUUCCCAGACCUGCUGACUGGAAGGCGCUGCCUGGCACAAGAGGCUGGGCAGUGGAAGGCUGAGGCUUUGCUCCUCCUGUGCUGCUAAUCCUGGCUGGCACUGGAGCUGGCUGGGGCCCAUGGACCUCAGCAGAAGGCAGUUGCCUGUAAGGAGAAGAUGCAGCUAAUGUGGACCCAGCAGGGAGGUGGGACUCCAAGGAUACAGGAGGCUUCCUUCUUGUGAGAAUCAAUGCCGUGAUGAUCAAUCUUGCCCUCCCCUCCACAGAACCUUGUUCAGUAAAAAUCUGUCUACACCACGGUUCAGAA